CAACCCGGCGCCGGCGUCGCGCGGCGCGGCGAGAGAGGCCCGCUCGCGCACACGCUCGACGUAAGAUCGUGUACGUUCACGCGUUUCUUCGACUCCUUCUCCCGUCUUGGAACUGUCAGAGGCAUGUUACGCGAUCGCUUUCGCGUAGCGCGAGUGCCGUGAAGUGAACACGAUCGCGCGUGUCUCGGCGGUUUGCCGGUUAACGUGAUUCUCCGAUCCGCGAGCCUGCUGCUCCUCGACUCUCCCCAGCGCGGGGGCCCCUGUCGCCGCGCUCUGCGCCGAGAAUCAAUAUGCGGGGAAGAACAGCGGCGAGCCGUUGACAACAAAUUCUUCUGGGUUCUAAACAAUGGAUCAAUACCGAUACUUCACGGCGGUGGGCAACACGUAGAAACGACGAGAGACCACGUACUUCGCCGCCGAUAUGGAAAAAUUGGACAACCAGCAGAAAACCUGGAAAAAGAAGAGCAUGAAGUCGAGCGCGGUCGUCGAGGUGCCGACGCAAUGCGUGCAGGUGGUCGUGCGAUGCCGACCGAUGGACGAGCGGGAAAUCACUCGCGGUUACAGCCGCGUGGUCGACGUGAUCCCGUCCAGAGGUGCGGUCGAGGUGCGACAUCCGCGCGACGAUCCGUCCAGCGAGACCGUCAAGGUGUUCACCUUCGACGCGGUGUACGACUGGAGCUCCAGCCAGCAGGAGCUAUACGAGGAGACGGUCAGGCCUCUGGUGUCCUCGAUACUCGACGGCUUCAACGGCACUAUCUUCGCCUACGGGCAGACCGGCACCGGGAAGACGUACACCAUGGAGGGCUCGAAGGCGGAUCAUGAGAGGCGUGGCGUCAUCCCGCGCUCCUUCGAGCACAUAUUCAAUCACAUCGGCAGAUCCGAGAACAUGCAGUAUCUGGUGAGGGCCAGCUAUCUGGAGAUUUAUCAGGAGGAGAUACGCGAUCUGCUGCAUCCCGAUCAGAGUCUGCGCUUCGAGCUGAAGGAGAAGCCGGACACCGGGGUGUACGUCAAGGAUCUGUCGACCGCCGUUUGCAAGAGCGCGGCGGAGAUACAGCACCUCAUGAACGUGGGCAAUCAAAACAGGACGAUCGGCGCGACGAACAUGAACGAGCACAGUUCGCGGUCGCACGCGAUCUUCCUCAUCACUAUCGAGAUGGGUAAUAUCGGUGACACCGGUGGUAUCCGAGUGGGACGUUUGAAUCUAGUCGAUCUCGCGGGCAGCGAGAGACAGAGCAAAACUGGCUCGUCGGGGGAGAGGCUGAAGGAGGCGAGCAAGAUUAACCUGAGCUUGUCGGCCUUGGGUAAUGUGAUCUCGGCGUUGGUGGACGGGAAAACCACGCACGUGCCAUAUCGAGAUUCUAAGCUGACGAGAUUGCUGCAGGACUCUUUAGGUGGUAAUUCGAAGACGAUCAUGGUAGCGAACAUCGGACCGGCCAGCUACAACUACGACGAGACUCUGACGACUCUGCGAUACGCAAGCCGUGCUAAGAACAUCAAGAACAAGCCUAGGAUUAAUGAGGAUCCGAAGGAUGCUUUAUUGAGGCAGUAUCAGGAGGAGAUAGGUCGAUUGAAGGAGAAACUCGCGCAGAAAGGCGUGGUGCAGCGGAAGAAGAAGAGGUAAAAGAAAAAGGAGGACGAGGCAAUCGAUUCGGAAUCCGAGACGGAAGACAGUCGGGAAGAUAAUAAAUUGUCCGAAAGUGACAAGAAGCUCAUAGCGGAGCAGUUGAAGACCGAGAAGCAGGAGACCGAGAAUCUCGUCCAGAGAAUAAAGGAUUUGGAGAGCAAGAUGCUCUGCGGUGGUAAGAAUAUAAUCGAUCACACGAACGAGCAGCAGAGGGCGUUGGAGCAAAAGGCGGCCGAGAUCGCGGAACGUAAGAGGCGCGAGGUCGAGAUGCAGCAGAAGUUGGAGGACGAGGAGCUGACAAUGGUCGGCGUGAGGGAGACGUACACUACGUUGCAGCAGGAGGUCGAUGUGAAAUCCAGAAAGUUGCGAAAGUGCUUCACCAAGCUGCAAGCUCUGAAGCAGGAACUGGAGGACGUGACCAGUGACUACAACAGGGACAGACGAGACUUGGAGCAGGAACAGCACGAACUGAUGAAGGAGCUGAAGCUCAAGUAUCUCAUAAUCGAGAACUUCAUUCCCGAGGAGGAGAAGACGAAGAUCCUGUCCAGAAUCCAUCUGGACGAGGAGGAGGACUGUUGGGUCGUGAAGGAUCCCGCGCCGUCGAGCGUAGAAGCCAUCAAGCGACCGACUUCCGUGCCGGGCUCGCGCAGACCGGUCUCGGAGUACGCGCGGAUCGCGCUCGCGAUGGGACGAGGAUGCCGCUACGCGGGCGAGAACAUUCUGAACCUGGACCUCGACAUGCCGGCGCGGACGACCUUGGAGUAUCAGGGACCCGCGAUCGCGCCGACGAUUCAGGCCGUUUUGGAGGAAGCUCUGCGCGACGAGGGCGACAUAGACGUCGACGCUUCGAGCACGCGGCUGAGAAGCAAGCAGCGUUUGCAGUCGGCAGCGCGAGUCCGGCCGAAGAGCGUCGCCAAGAUGCAGCAGAUCCCGGCACCGGUUUACCCCAAAACCAGAGGCCUCGUACCGAAGUAAAUAAAAUUGUUAAAAA